AUGAUCAAUGGCGAGCGAAAUCCCUUUUUGGAUGACCCUCUCAUGGAUGACGGACGGUCGAGUAGCUUGAGCGAGAUCGAUGACGUGUCCGACGACGAGCCAUCGGACUUUGAGGACUCGCCCAAGCCCGAGAAGCAGCUGGAAAAUGACUCGGAGGCUGAAACAGAGCGCAUCGAAGACUCUCCGCACAACAUUCGAAAGCGUGACAUCGUACUGAGUGCCGGUGGCACUGGCAGCGCUGGCCCAAGUCCCAGCAAGCUUCACCAGUCUACCACACUUGACGAUGUCGACGAUGACGAGCACCUAGUGGAAGACUCGCCCAGUAAACCGCGGCGACCGUCCAACAACAACGCAAUCGAUGACGAGAAUGCCGAUCUCGACGAUUUGGAGCUUCCCGAUAGUGUCGGAAAGAAGCGCAAGCGCGUUGAAGCCGGCGACGAGACUGGAACCGAGCUUGGCGAAGACGAGCCGCUCAAGAAACGUCGGAGCUCUAUUAAGAGCGAUCUGAGCGAUCCAAACGACGACGAUACCCCUCUUUCACCGGAGCCGAUGAUGGAUGAGGAGCAGGUCCCCAUGAUGGACGAUGAGCUCCCUGUCGACGACAUUGCUGAAUCAGAACUUCCCGCUUUGCCAUCCAAGGGCAAGAGGGGCAAAAAGGCUGAAGAGCCAACGGAACCCGUCGAUGAAGUCGAUGAUGCUGAGGCUACUGCUCGGGUGGAAGAAGAGUCUGCGAAAAAGAUGUCUGCCAUGGAAUCAUUGGCGACGUUGGAGAAAGAGUUCGCGACGUUGCGAGACAAAAUUUAUGAUGAACGGAUCACAAAACUCAAUCGCGAGUUGGAAAUGCUGACUGGGCCAAACCCGACGCAUCCCGAGUACCUGCGUCAGAUUGAAUGUGUGCAACGUUACCGAGACGCCAAAAUCAAAUACGAGCAUACCUUGUACAAGUACCGCUUAAAGGCCUUGUUGAAUAAGAGCUUGGCCGAGCGUUCGCAAAGUCACAGCACAUUCUUCCAGCGCGUUCGGGACGUGCGUGAGCGACAUUCGAGUGCGAUCAGCAAGCAAUUCUAUGCGAUCCAACAUGAUCGUUUCAAGACGGAUGAGCUGAGCCCGCACCACAUUGUGCCAUUCCCGACCCGCCGUUCGCAGCAGAUCGCACACCAGACCGCCUACAAUCACGAGGUUUCAAUCAUGGCUGGAGUCGCCAAGUAUGUUGGUUUCCCGGCCGCGCCAACUUUAUUGGGUGCACGUCCGUCUGAACUGGAAGAUGACUUGGAGAAGAUGGGGAUCUCCAUUGAGACCCGAGUAUCGGUUCCACGACAUUCACAUUCAUCUGCAAUGCCCCCUCGUGGAACCAUGUCAGCUAUGUCAUCAAGCAUUUUCCGCACAGCCGCCGAGGAAGCUUUCCUAGAGCAAACGCCGUGGGCCAAUCCUCAACAUCCCAUCCAUCAACAACAGCCACAACACCAAUAUUCUCAACAUCAUCGGCCCCCGGCGUCCUCGUUCGCUACACCAGCAGCUCAAAAGCGGGUAGUUGAUAUCAACGCACCCAAUGGAUCUGCGUCCACUAUUCCCGAGAACAUGUCGGCGGCCAACUCAUCCGCCAACAACACCCCCUACGGCACGGAGCAAGACCCACGGCACCCCGGUCAAGGACCAUUUCGCAAUCCAGACUACGACACCGAGCACAGAUCUGGAUUCCGAUCUCAGAGUUCUUCUCCACUAGACGUACGAAAAGCCCAACCACACCCCAGCCAUCUCCUCGAACGCCGCUCCCCUGGACCCGACGCCUCCCGCAAUUCCCUAUUCUCUCCACCUCCCGCUCGGGCUGGCUUGUUCCAACCCUCCACCUCAAAACCGAGUGCCUCGCCAUCUCUCCAUUCUAAGCAGGUCGACACGAUACAUUAUCACCCACACCACCCCGAGAUUUCUACAGAACCUGGCUCAAGUCACAUGCCUGCGCGGUAG